AGAAACGGACACGAAUAUGCAAACCACGGUUGCAUUACUUCCCUCUAUUAAAGUCCAACACCGUCCCCCACUCGCGCACAUUAGCAUAUACCAGACUAGUAGCAGCUCAACCUGAGCAGAGAGAGAAGACGACGACGACGACGGCAAACGUCACGUGACUAAAGAGUUAGCGUGUCGUCUCCGGCGUAUUUAGCUAUCUUCCUUCCCCAUCCUUCAAACUGUUUUCAGUUAAGCAAACAGUCCCCUUUAAACGGAUUUAGCCUUUGUUCUUUCUUUGAAGACAAAGGAAAGCUAAGUCCCAAAGGGAAAUCAAAAUCAUUCUCGCAAGAAACCCAAAAAGUGAGAAUUUUUCCUCUGUAUAAAUACAAGAAUACGGAACCGUAUACGCAGCAAUGGCGGCGGGGUUUGGCUUGCUUCUCUUCUUGGCUGUAACGACGCCCUUCUGUUUUGGCGCCAACGUGACGUACGACCACCGCGCGCUGGUGAUUGACGGCAAGAGAAGGGUUCUGGUUUCUGGGUCCAUUCAUUACCCGCGCAGCACUCCUGAUAUGUGGCCGGACUUGAUACAGAAAUCCAAGGACGGAGGAUUGGAUGUGAUAGAAACUUAUGUGUUCUGGAACUUGCAUGAACCAGUUCGUGGCCAGUAUGAUUUUGAAGGAAGAAAGGAUUUGAUGAAGUUCGUGAAGUUGGUGAAGGAGGCUGGUCUACUUGUUCAUCUUCGAAUUGGUCCUUAUGUCUGUGCUGAAUGGAACUAUGGUGGAUUUCCUCUUUGGCUGCAUUUUAUACCAGGAAUCGUGCUUCGAACUAAUAAUGAACCAUUCAAGGCUGAAAUGAAGAGAUUUACAGCCAAAAUUGUUGACAUGAUGAAGCAAGAAAAUCUAUAUGCAUCCCAAGGCGGACCCAUAAUUUUAUCUCAGAUAGAAAAUGAGUAUGGGAAUAUCGAUUCUGCAUAUGGUAGUGAUGCCAAAACUUACAUAAAUUGGGCUGCAGCAAUGGCCACAUCACUUGAUACAGGGGUGCCCUGGGUGAUGUGCCAGCAAAGUGAUGCUCCUAAUCCUAUUAUUAACACUUGCAACGGAUUUUACUGUGACCAAUUCACCCCAAAUUCUAAUAACAAGCCAAAAAUGUGGACGGAAAACUGGAGUGGAUGGUUUUCUGCAUUUGGUGAUCCUCUGCCAUACAGACCAGUGGAAGAUCUUGCUUUUUCGGUGGCACGUUUUUACCAGCUUGGCGGAACCUUCCAGAACUAUUAUAUGUAUCACGGUGGGACUAACUUUGGCCGCAGUACUGGUGGACCUUUCAUUACAACAAGCUAUGAUUAUGAUGCUCCAAUUGAUGAGUAUGGCCUUUUGAGACAGCCAAAAUGGGGUCACUUGAAAGAUGUUCAUAAAGCUAUAAAACUUUGUGAAGAGGCAAUGGUGGCAACUGAUCCAAAAACCACUUCUCUUGGUUCGAAUUUGGAGGCCACUGUUUAUAAAACUGGCUCAGGGCAAUGUGCUGCUUUUCUUGCAAAUGUGGGCACACAAUCAGAUGCAACUGUGAAGUUCAACGGAAAUUCCUAUAACUUGCCUGCUUGGUCUGUCAGCAUCUUACCAGACUGCAAAAAUGUGGUGCUCAAUACUGCCAAAAUUAAUUCUGUAUCCACCAUGACAAAGUUUGUUCGCCAGCCUUCGAAAGAUGAUAGUACAGCUACUGACGCAUUUGUCUCGGGCUGGAGUUGGAUCAAUGAACCCGUAGGUAUAUCUAGUGACAGUGCAUUCACGAAACCUGGAUUACUGGAACAAAUAAAUACCACUGCUGAUCAAAGUGAUUAUCUGUGGUAUUCGCUAAGCGUUGAGAUGAAAGGAGACGAGCCUUUCCUUGGAGAUGGAUCUCAGACGGUCCUUCAUGUGGAUUCUCUAGGCCAUGUGCUUUAUGCUUUUAUCAAUGGGAAAUUUGCAGGGAGUGGGAAAGGAGGAAGCAGCAACUCUAAAGUUUCAAUAAAUGUUCCGAUGAGCCUCCAACCUGGAAAAAACAAGAUUGAUCUCUUGAGUUUGACAGUGGGUUUAGCGAACUAUGGAGCAUUCUUUGAUACAAGAGGAGCAGGAGUAACUGGUCCUGUGCAGUUGAAAAGCUCAAAAAACGGAUCUACUAUAGAUCUGUCCUCUCAGCAGUGGACUUAUCAGAUUGGUUUGAAAGGAGAAGAACUAGGCCUGGCUAGUGGAACUUCCUCACUUUGGACAACAGAGCCCACUUUGCCUAAGAAUCAACCACUGGUGUGGUACAAGACGACUUUUGAUGCUCCCUCCGGAAGCAGCCCACUUGCACUAGACUUUAUGGGAUUGGGAAAGGGACAAGCAUGGAUAAAUGGACAAAGCAUUGGGCGUUACUGGCCAACCAAUAUAGCUGGAAAUAGCGGCUGCACUGAUUCUUGCAAUUACAGGGGAGCUUAUAGCUCAAGCAAAUGCCUGAAGAACUGUGGAAAGCCAUCUCAGCAACUCUAUCACGUUCCCCGUUCGUGGCUAAAACCAAGUGGAAACAUCCUAGUGUUAUUCGAGGAAAUGGGAGGCAAUCCAACACAGCUAUCUUUUGCUACUAGAGAAACACAAAGCAUAUGCGCUCGGAUUUCAGAAAAUCACCCACUUCCAGUUGAUAUGUGGACUUCAGAUGACGAAACAAGAAAAACAGCAGGACCAAUUCUUUCUCUAGCUUGCCCUCUCGCAAAUCAGGUCAUCUCCGAAAUAAAAUUUGCCAGCUUUGGAACUCCUCGUGGAACCUGUGGAAGUUUUAGCCACGGUCGAUGCACCAGCAAAAUGGCUCGUUCUGUUGUCGAAAAGGCUUGCAUAGGAUCAAGAAGCUGCAGCAUUGGCGUUUCCGUUAGCACAUUUGGCGACCCGUGUGCAGGAAUUACUAAAAGCUUAGCCGUUGAAGCUUCCUGUACAUGACAUUCGUCUUUUUAGCAAAUCCAGUCGACGUAUGAAACUUGUUGGUUACUGCUCUAGGUUCAUACUUUAUCAAUUGUCAAUUAUACGUCAAAGUAUGAUGCUGCAAGAAAAUUGAGAAGAGCAGUCAAGAUGUAAUACUAUCCAAACCAUCAGUGCUGGAAAAAGUGCAAUCUGAUGGUACAAGCACGAAUAAGCAAUCAAUGGAUUAGAUUUUAUGUUGAUCUGUUCAUUGAUCAUGCAGUUACUAAAUUUCAGUCCCUUGAGCCUCGUAUGAUGAUACGA